AUGAAACUAUACUCGAUUACCGUUUUUUCUAAUGUUUCCACAGAGUUGAAGUUAUUGGCUGGAGAAUAUGAGCUUUCAAGCUUUGGAUAUUUUCAGCGUUCAAGUGUGCAAGAAUUCAUGACCUUUUUCUCCAAGACUGUGGCAGAACGUACUAAACCAGGACAGAGACAGAGUGUUGAAGAAAGCAGUACGCAUCUUACUGAUUUCAAUGAAGUGGGCUACGUAUUCUAUGCCUACUCUAUUCCGCAGGGUCUAGCGGGUAUCAUAAUCACAGACGCUGAAUAUCCUCAACGAGUUGCAUUUUCUCUGUUGAAUAAAGUCAUGGAGGAGUUUCUGGUGCGGUUUCCCAAACAGACUUGGACACAAAAAAUCAGUUUUCCGGAAUUGAGGGAGUAUUUGAUCCGGUAUCAAGAUCCAAAGCAGGGAGAUCAGAUUAUGAAGGUGCAGGAACAACUGGACGAAACCAAGCAAGUUAUGAAUAAAACCAUUGAGAGUCUUCUCCAACGUGGAGAGAGACUAGAUGAUCUCAUCGAUAGGAGUAGAGACAUAUCCUUUCAGUCCAAGGCUUUCUAUAAACAGGCAAAGAAG